CCUUCAUCGACGACCGCCGCAAAUUAUCCUCAAGAUGAGUCACCGUAAGUACGAAGCGCCCCGCCAUGGCUCCCUUGGUUUCCUCCCCCGCAAGCGUGCGGCUCGUCACCGUGGAAAGGUUAAGUCCUUCCCCAAGGAUGACCCCAAGAAGCCCGUUCAUUUGACUGCCAUUAUGGGUUACAAGGCUGGUAUGACCCACGUUGUCCGUGAUCUUGACCGUCCUGGCUCCAAGAUGCACAAACGUGAGGUCGUUGAGGCCGUCACCGUCGUCGAGACCCCUCCCCUCAUCGUCGUUGGUGUUGUCGGCUACGUUGAGACUCCCCGCGGCCUUCGCACCCUCACCACCGUCUGGGCCUCCCAUCUUUCUGACGAGCUCAAGCGCCGCUUCUACAAGAACUGGUACCGCUCCAAGAAGAAGGCGUUCACUCGCUACGCCAAGAAGCACGCUGAGGACAACGGCAAGUCCAUCACCCGUGAGCUUGAGCGUAUCCGCAAGUACUGCACGGUUGUCCGUGUCCUCGCCCACACCCAGAUUCGCAAGACUGGUCUCGCCCAGAAAAAGGCCCACCUCAUGGAGAUCCAAGUCAACGGUGGCUCCGUGACGGACAAGGUCGAGUUCGCACAUGGCCUGUUCGAGAAGCCCGUCGAGGUUGGAUCCGUCUUCGAGCAGGAUGAGGUUAUCGACGUCAUUGCGGUCACGAAGGGUCACGGCUUCGAGGGUGUUACUCACCGUUGGGGUACCAAGAAGUUGCCCAGGAAGACGCACAAGGGUCUCAGGAAGGUCGCUUGUAUCGGUGCUUGGCAUCCGUCGAAGGUCAUGUUUUCUGUUGCUCGUGCCGGUCAAAACGGUUACCACCACCGUACCGAGUUGAACAAGAAGAUCUAUCGCAUCGGUCUCGGCACCGACGACGGCAAUGCUUCCACCGAGUCUGAUAUCACCAAGAAGACCAUCACCCCCAUGGGUGGUUUCCCUCACUAUGGUAUCGUCAAGAACGACUACCUCAUGCUCAAGGGCUCCAUCCCCGGUACCAAGAAGCGUGUCAUCACCCUGCGCAAGUCCCUUAUGGUCCACACAUCGAGGAGAGAUCUUGAGAAGGUUCAGCUCAAGUUCAUCGACACUUCGUCGAAGUUCGGUCACGGCGCUUUCCAGACCUUCGAAGAAAAGGCCGCGUUCUUGGGAACGCUCAAGGCCCGGGAUUGAUUCUCUUCACCUUUUGUCGUUGUCGUUUUCGCAUUUGUUACUUCAUAGGCUCUCAUGUUCUAUCCCUACCUAUGCAUAUGCUGCUAUGCAUCCUUUGUGCGAGAGCACAUUGUAUCAACUCUUCCCAGCCUUUUCGGCCAGGCGAAUGAUAUAUCGG